AUUUAGUUAUUCUGUAAACUUGUUACUCGGUCAUUAAUUAAAUAAUGUGUUUUUUGCGCAUAGCGUAAUUUUGUUAGAAAUUGAUGGAGAAUUGUAACCAUGGGUUUUAUCAAGUUAACAUUAUUUGUUGUAAUUGUUGCAAUAGUAUUGAACUAUUUAUGGAAUUAUUUUAGUACUCCAUUACCUCCCGUGGUGGAAGGCUUUUUCCAUCCAAGUUUCAGAAGAGUAGCUGAAAAAUUAAGGCAGAAUGUACAAAGUGGGAAAGAGAAAGGCGGCUCGUUUGCUGCAUACUACAACGGUGAGGUGAUCGUCGACAUGUGGGGCGGGUACGCCGAUGUCGAGUCUCAGCAGCCGUGGGAGAACGACACACUGUCACUGGCAUUCUCCGUCACCAAGAGCGUCUCCGCCCUCACCAUCGCCAAGAUGGUCGACAGAGGUUGGAUUCAAUACGAGAAGCGUGUCUCAUACUACUGGCCAGAAUUUGGAAAAAAUGGGAAAGAAAAUAUAACAGUGGAAAUCCUACUUAGUCAUCAGGCAGGAUUAUUGUCAUUUGGUGGGGAGAAGAUUUCGUUGUUGGAUUUUAUUCACCGCCCAAAGGAAGUUGUCCGACUUUUAGAAGACCAGACUCCUCACUGGGUUCCAGGCACAGCUCAUGGCUAUCACGCAGUCACAAUUGGCUAUUACGUGGGCACUCUAGCACAGAAGGCUGACCCCAAACACAGGAACCUGUCACAAAUAUUUAAAGAGGAGAUAGCUGAACCCCUUGGUAUUGACUUCCAUAUCGGCUUACCCAGGGAGCAACACUGGCGAGUGGCGCGGGGCAACUUCCUGUCUCUGUCUCAGAUUCUUCUCAAGACCCUGACGUCACCAACUUCAUUCCGGAUAUUUUCUACUUUACUCAUGUACCCAGAUUCACUCACUGCCAAGUCUAUGAUGGUCCUUAAAGAGGAGACGUCUUUUAUGAACCGUGCAGAUGUACAAGCAUCUGGAAUUCCGUCAUUCAUGGGACUCGGCAAUGCACGAUCUCUGGCAAAACUCUACAGCUUUGUCGCUAUGGGUGGCUCCAGCAAAGGGAAGCAACUGCUGUCUGCAGAAACCAUGAAGAAGGUGUUAACUCCCUUGACUAGAGGAAAAGAUCUCGUCCUACUCACAAAUAUGACCUAUGCUCGUGGACUCAUGGUGCUAAAUAAUUCAAGAGGGAGCGUGAUGUUUGGACAUGGAGGCUAUGGAGGACAAGCAGCUCUGGCUGAUCCUUACAACAAACUGUCGCUGGCUUACAUCUCCAACUACCUGGAAUCCUUUGGGCUCUGCAACGAUCCAAGGUUUAUCGACUUGUAUGAACUAGUGUACGACUGUCUCGAUGAUUAUCUUUCCAAACAGUAAUCCUGAUACUUACAUCCUAUGAGACAGCACUGGCCAGUGACGAUGUUAGCACUGGCCAGUGGCGAUGUUACCACUGGCUAGUGACAGUGCUAGCACUGGCCAGUGGUGAUGUUACCACUGGCCAGUGACGAUGUUAGUACUGGCCAGUGGCGAUGUUACCACUGGCUAGUUAGGACUGGCCAGUGACGAUGUUAACACUGGCCAGUGACGAUGUUAGGACUGGCCAGUGACGAUGUUAACACUGGCCAGUGACGAUGUUAGGACUGGCCAGUGACGAUGUUAGCACUGGCCAGUGACGAUGUUAGCACUGGCCAGUGACGAUGUUAGGACUGGCCAGUGACGAUGUUAGUACUGGCCAGUGACGAUGUUACCACUGGCCAGUGAUGAUGUUAACACUGGCCAGUGACGAUGCACCAAUAUGUAAGGAUUGUCUGUUAUUUCUUUUACAUUCAUCAGGGUAUGAAAAAAAUAAAUCAUCUCCAAACUGUGAAUCGGCGAAGCUGUUCUCACAGACGUUUGUGGACAAGUUGUUUUGUUCAUACUUCAAUGAAUGUAAAAGAAAUAACAGACAAUACUUAUUUACAUUUCAAACAUACUUACCAAUAAUGACACUAAAAGUGCAUAUUUUAUUUUGAAUUAUUGUUUGGUUUUUAAACAAUAACGCUCAGUAAGACAAACUACCAGCAUAAAGAGACGUCAUCAGAUAUAAUGUUAUUUUUAUUUUCACCGAGAUAUGAACAAACUUGUUGCUACAGCUGGACCAGUGGAUGAUAUUAAAUUGUAAUAAAUGUAACGGAAAUUUAAUUAUUAGAUUAUAAAUGACAAUUCCUAAUUUCGUAUUGAUAAAUAACGGUGGGUUUGGGGGUUUUGUUUUUGCAAAGAAACCACUUUUCUAGCAAACGUGUCUAAUUUGACAUACUUCUGUUGGUAAUUUCACAUCACUGAAUACUAGCAGUAAGAAAUCAACCUGACUUGAUCAUAUAAACACCUGAAGUAUAUAUUAUAAUUUUCAUAUAUAUAGAUCUUUGAAUGUUCAUUAAAGGUAACAGUGAUCUCUUCACAAAAGCGUUUUCCUUUGACUCUGUUUUUGAGGACAUCUGGAGACUUUCAAAAUAUUCAAAAACCAUUUUACGAUAUUGUCUACGAUUUACAAAUAUAAUAGAUGCAAACAAUCUCAUCAUUUUGGUGCAAUUACCGACUGGGAACUAAAGUUCAUGUGAUUUUUCGCUUUGUACAUUUACACAUUUGAUAACAGAUUUGUUAUUUUGAUUGCCUGUUUAUUUAAAUCAGAUGUAGGUCAAUCACAUGGACUUGUCAUCAAUCACAUGGACUUGUCGUCAAUCACAUGGACUUGUCGUCAAUCACAUGGACUUGUCAUCAUCAGCAAUGAAAUAAACACCUACAUUAUGUGGCAUUUAUUGCUAACUAUACUAAUGACGCUAAUUGCUCGAUAAGACACAGGGGCGCAGUAUGGGGGGUUGGUUUCCCAGUUGCACGAACCCCCCCCCCCCCACCCAGCUAAAAAAAAAAACCCACCACGUAGAUCUAAAUUGAUGUCCACGUAAAAUUUAUAAUUUAAAUUAUAAACAUUUACAUAUUGUUUUGGACCCCCCCCCCCCCCCUCCCCACCCAAAGCAUAAUCCGCCCCAGAGACAAAAGUACAAAGAGCAUUGUCAACCAAGAUUUGUCACAUAAUGUUCUCAUUUGAUUUCUCACAAGUUAUAUUGUUCAUCAGUUUAAGAAAUACAUAAUGUUACAUGUAUUACAGUGUUAGGUAGAAAGAGUAUUGCUUAUUUAUUGCUUUUUAAAGGAGUUACUUUCUUUUCCUCCUUGGUUCUAUAUUAUUUUAAAAUUUUAAUUUUCUACAAAUAUUUGUAGGUACUAGAUGUAUUCGUGUUUUUGUGAUGUGUUUGUUGUAUGCACUAAUUAUGCAGUUUUUAUAGUUUGCAAGAAAUUAUACACAAUGAUUGUUACAAAGGAUAUGUAAUUUUUAUUUAUUUCUUCAAUUUUAUAUUUUUAUUUACAGUAUACAGGUUUAAUAAAUUAUUUGAAUCUU